UUCAGAAGGAAUGUUAUCAUCUAGGCCAUGACAAACAUACCUUAUUUCAGAUAUGUAAGUUAAUAUAUAAAAAUAUAAGUGAUAGCAUCUUUCUUAUCAUUGUAUGCUGUAAAUUAUUUUAUUAAGCUCUAUUUUGAUUAGAGAACUUGUUUCAUGACCCUUGAUGAGUCUGCUUUCUCUUUCCUCACUGUAGCAAAUGAAGUGUUUCUUGUGUUUACUGGUGUGGACUACAGACAUAUUGUGAAGAAAUCAAACUGCACAUAAAUAAUUAUUACCAGGACACCAAGGCUGCAAAAACAUUCUUCAGUACUUCCACGAAUCUGUAAAACGAUGUGACUAGAGAGGUCAUUUUUCCAAACAAUGGGGGAAAGGGACCAAAGUUCAGAUACUGAUCAAGAAAGAAAAGGAGGCAAACAUCCUUACUUGUCCCAUUACUCGUCUGACUUCGGGUCCUCACCACAGUCUUCUGGCCCCUCGUCACCUGUCAACACACUGCCAUGUGCCAGUAAUAGGGAGAAGAAUCCCAAAAGACACUUGUCAGACAACCAAGUGCACCACCACCAAACCGUUAGGAAAGUGAGUCCUAAGGCUAUACCCAACAAAAAGGGGGUCCGAGUGGGAUUUCGGUCCCAAAGCCUCAACAGAGAGCCACUUCGGAAAGAUCCAGAUAUCGUAACAAAGAGGGUUCUUUCUGCAAGACUUCUGAAAAUCACCGAGCUGCAGAAUGAAGUGUCUGAACUACAGGUCAAGUUAGCCCAGCUGCUCAAAGAAAACAAGGCUUUGAAAAGUCUGCAGUAUCGUCAGGAGAAAGCACUGAGUAAGUUCGAAGAUGCAGAGAAUGAAAUCUCACAACUCAUACACCGCCAUAACGGUGAGAUUACUGCGCUCAAAGAACGCUUAAGAAAAUCUCAGGAGAAAGAGCGGAUGGCAGAGAAAAGAGUGAAAGACACAGAAGGGGAACUAUUUAGGACGAAAUUUUCCCUACAGAAACUAAAAAAGAUCUCUGAGGCCAGACACCUACCGGAGCGAGACGAUUUGGCCAAGAAACUAGUUUCAGCAGAGUUAAAAUUAGACAACACCGAGAGAAAGAUUAAGGAACUAUCGAAGAACCUGGAGCUAAGCACCAACAGCUUCCAGCGGCAGCUGCUUGCUGAAAGGAAAAGAGCGUUUGAGGCUCACGAUGAAAAUAAAAUUCUCCAAAAGGAGCUGCAGCGGCUCCACCACAAGCUGAAGGAGAAGGAGAAAGAAUUGGAUAUUAAAAACAUCUACGCUAAUCGCCUGCCCAAGUCCUCUCCAAAGAAAGAGAAAGAAAUUACAAGAAAGCAUGCAUCCUGCCAGAGCGACUUUACGGACCUGUGUACAAAAGCAGUACAGACCGCCGAAGACUUUGAGCCGGAAGAGUUUCCUUUCACAGCACAGACAGUCCUUUGUUAUGAAAACAGAUGGGACGGGUCAGAUUAUCUUCCUUCGUACCUGGAAUACCAGGAGCGAAAUGAGCAUGGGUCAGAGAGUCUGAGCUCAACUUUAGAACAAGAAGGAAAGUACAGCGACGACCAGGGUUCAUCUACUGCAAAGCAGGAGACCGGGAAGUCUGAGAGUGAAUGGGAAAGAGAAGAGAUUGAUAAGGUGAAAGGCAAGUCAUCUUUGCUAGGGAGAACAGAGAAGCUGGUGUCAGAAGCUGGAAGUGUCCAAACGGAAAGUUAUCAAGCUCAAACGAUUGAUAAAUUCCAAGACGAGGCGGAAAGACUAAAGACAGAAAUGCUUCUUGCCAAACUGAACGAAAUCAACAAAGAACUCCAAGAUCCCCAGAGCCUCAGCCGACCCCUUUUGCCGUUGCUACCCAACUUCGAAUCCAAGCUGUACUCUCCAGACAGAAGCCUCAGACCUUACACGUUCUCGGAGUCCUUAGACAGAUCAUUUAAUGGACAACAUUUGUCAGACAUGAGUUUUUUAACUCCCAGGGACGAAGGCCAGAGUUCAGGACUGAUCAGAAGUCCAGCUCCUUCAGAUGAGUUCUCAUUCGGUAGCUACGUGCCUUCGUUUGGAAAAACAUCAGGAAAGUCAAAUCCACCUAGCCAAAAAAAUAGCCUUUUAGAUUUCCAAAGCAACACGUCUGAGGGCCUGAGUAAAGACAGUCUAGAUUUCAUUUCAAGGAAAGAGAAAAAGGCGACCCUGAUGGAGCAGCUGUUUGGCACCAGCACCAGCGCCAGCAACACCAACACCACCACCAACACCACCACCACCACCAUCACCAACACCAACACCAACACCAUCACCAACACCAACACCAACACCAACAGCAAUGUCCCCUCCAAGAGCAUUGACUCACAUUUCCCUGCUGCCAGCAGAGGUGACUUGGACCCUCUUCAUUUCCUCUCCGGGGACAGAAGCAGCAGAGUCCGGGAGCCUGAUGGUGAAGAUGAAGACCUUUUCCUCAGCGAAGGAAGAAGUUUUAAUCCAAAUAGACACCGGUUGAAGCACACGAGCACUAAGCCAACAGUCACAGCCGUUGACUCUAUUGACGAGGACAUUGAAGAGGUUACGCUCAGAUGACUGACUGGAGCACACAGAGUAUAUAUAUUUUUUCAAUUGUAAAUAUUAAAGUAUUUUAAUACAGUAUUUAUUAUAAACAUUUAAACUUUCAAUGGUAAAGUAGACUUAGUAGGGAGUAACUUUUAGUGGCUAACGAUGGCAUAAUCAAACAGGUAGUGCUGUUCCUCAAAGCCGCAUUGUAAGAAUGCUUUUUUGUUUCGAAAUGAACCCUAAGGAGAGUUGUUGCUGACUGUUCCUCUGUUGUUACGGCUAGGUCUCACUGAGUUAGCACUGUGGGAAGUUUUACUUCAGUAAAUCUCAUUUCUUUUCCCUCUCAUUUUGAUCCAACCUCAGUGAGCCCAAGCACUGUUUUUCCCACUGAUGGCUAAGUGGAAAUGGAGGGUCUCCGGUAGGAUUAAAGACCUCAGUGGCAGACAGCAGUGGGAUGUAGGAGCUGUGCCCUUGUCUGAGGUGACAGAGCCAAGCCACUCUUGAGUGGUGGUGACAGUAAUGUUGGGACUUCAUUUUCUUGGAAAACUAUCCCUGGGGACUUGAGGGUGUUUAGUGGAGUGUGCACUGGGCGGUGACUCCUGAGGAGUAAUUGAUACUCCUCAGUUGCAGGCCCGGAGUCACUCAGUGCUGCCUUGCUGGCCGCGUGCGUGGAUACGGUAGAGCACAGGAGACAUGGCUGCCUUAAUGGCCUUCCUUUCUGUGGCUGCAGGAGGCUUGGGCACAAGCUCAAGGCUGUCCCUCCCCUCCUCUUCUGUACACUCUAAAUUCUGGUGACAGGUGAAAGAUUCCCUACCAAAUACGGGCAGUAGAAGAAAUGCCAGCCCAACACAAUGAUUUUCAACUCAAUUAUGUUUCCAGAGUGUUAUGUUUGGAAAUUUUCAUACAUAUUUUUAAUAUUUGAACUUGUGCUCAAACUCAGGAGACAGCGGUGCGAUACUCGUGAGUUUGUGAUGUUGACACAACUUCACAAAGAAGUUUUUAGACGUGGGGCUCCUGUCUUUCUGAGUAGAUGCGACAGCUUUCUGUUGAAAGGCAAGGUCCUUCCACUCAGUCCAGGAUAGCUGAGGGGCAUUUGCUGACUUGGUCUGGCCUGUUGGAGCAGUAAUAUAUCAGCCAAGGAGAAACAUUGCGUGGAACGUGGGU